ACCAUGAUACAAGUCUAAAGGUGCUGGAGGACCAAUCAGCGAGCAAGCUCGAGGUUGGGGUACCCAAUCAGCGGGCGAGGCUGACACAGGGACGACCAAUCAGCGAACUAGACGGACCUUCUCUGCGGACCACAACAACAUCACUAGUAUGCCACCCAAGAAGGAUACAAAGGCUAAGCAGCCUGCAAAGCAAACUGCCAAAAAGAAGGAAGGAGGAGGUGGUGGAAAGGCCAAGAAGAAGAAGUGGUCAAAAGGAAAGGUCCGUGAUAAGUUGAACAACCUUGUGUUAUUUGACAAGCCUACUUAUGACAAGCUUUAUAAGGAAGUGCCCUCUUACAAGCUCAUCACUCCCUCAGUUGUUAGUGAAAGACUUAAAAUUACAGGAUCUUUGGCCCGUCGUGCCCUUGAUGAGCUUCAAAAUAAAGGCCUCAUUCGACAAGUUGUGAAGCACCAUGCACAGGUAGUCUACACACGAACCACCAAAUCUGAAGAUUAGAAAAAUAAAUUUUUCAAAUUAA